GAGCAGAAAGUAGGCUUAGAACACGGUGGAUCGUACUUUUAUCUUCCACGGGGACUAUAUAUUUUUUUCAAGUCGGCUAAAGCAAAGAUCGUGUGGCUGUGCUGAGCUUCCUUACUGCUCGCCCUCUGGUCUCCGGCAGAUCAAGUUUCUGUUUCUGAUGCUUGAUUGGAAAGAUAUACGCUCUCGUAGCUCACGCAGCUUGGUCUCUGCAAGGUAUAUCUACUUGGCCUCUCGGUGACAACGCCAAGUCAUCCUGUCGGUCAGUUUGGAAUAAAUCACCUGUAAACAAAUAACUUGCCUUCGUGGUGAUUGACGGGAGUAACAUGCUGGGGAGUGGAGGUCAGUGAGCCCACUGUCUCUACCAGUCCUAGUCCAACUGCAAAGCCCCGCUUGCCUCCUUCUCCGCGCGUGGAUCUUUAGUUUGAAUCAGAGGGGAUCGAGGGGGGAAAGCAUGGUGAAACCUCGGCACAUUGAUGACCUCAACAAAAAUCACCCAACACCAGCUAAUACAGAUGGGCCAGUUGUGAUCCCCAUGGAAAAGACUUUUACUACUAUGAAGCUACCCAGAAGAUGCCGGCGCACUGACACUGGGGACAGGUUUACCUGUGAUCACUGUGAAAAGUCUUUUACUCAGAAAAACAGCUUAAAAAAACAUCAGCUCAUCCACACUGGAGUUAAAGCAUUCAGCUGUGAUCAGUGUGGAAAGUCUUUUACUUACAUGAAGGGUUUGAAACGUCAUCAACUCAUCCACACUGGCAUUAAACGAUUUGUCUGUGAUCAUUGUGAAAAGGCUUUUACUUAUAAGUGUGCCUUAAAAAAACAUCAGCACAUUCACACUGGUGCUAAACCAUUUGUCUGUGAUCAGUGUGGCAAGACUUUUGCUCACGUGGAUAGUUUAAAAACUCAUGGCCUCAUCCACACUGGUGCUAAACCAUUUAUCUGUGAUCAGUGUGGAAACGCUUUUGCUCAUAAGGAGAGUUUAAAACGUCAUCGACUCAUCCAUGCUGGAAUUAAGUCAUUUGUCUGUGAUCAGUGUGGAAUGGCUUUUACUCGUAAUAGCAGCUUAAAACAACAUCAGCUCACCCACACUGGCAUUAAACCAUUCAGCUGUGAUCAGUGUGGAAAGGCUUUUUCUCAUAAUGGCAGCUUAAAACAACAUCAGCUCAUCCACACUGGAUUUAAACCAUUUUGUUGUGAUCAGUGUGGAAUGGCUUUUACUGUUAAUGGCAGCUUAAAAAAACAUCAGCUCACCCACACUGGAUUUAAAGCAUUUCGCUGUGAUCUGUGUGGAAAGUUUUUUACUCAGGAUGGCAGCUUAAAAAAACAUCAGCUCAUCCACACUGGAUUUAAAGCAUUCAGUUGUGAUCAGUGUGGAAAGUGUUUUAAUCAGAAUGGCAACUUAAAAAAACAUCAGCUCACCCACACUAGAGUCAAAGCAUUCAGCUGUGAUCAGUGUGGAAAGUGUUUUGCUCAGAAUGGCACCUUAAAAAGACAUCAGCUCAUCCACACUGGAGUUAAACCAUUCAACUGUGAUCAGUGUGGGAAUUCUUUUAGUCACAGGAGUUCCUUGAAAGAACAUCAGCUCGUCCACAAUGGCACUAAACUAUUUGUCUGUGGUCAAUGUGGAAAGGCUUUUACUUACAUGAGGGUUUUAAAAACUCAUCAGCUCGUCCACACUGGUGUUAAACCAUUUGUCUGUGAUCUUUGUGGAAAGGCUUUUCCUGACAUUUGGGUUUUAAAAAAACAUAAACUCAUUCACACUGGUACUAAACCAUUUGUCUGUGGUCAGUGUGGAAAGGCUUUCGGUCGCAUAGAUACUUUAAAACAUCAUGAACUAAUCCACACUGAAGUUAAAUAGUUUUUAUAUCGUCAGUGCUGAAAGGUUUUUACUUGUGUCAAUAUAUUUAAAAAGCAUCAGAUUAUUCAUAAUGGAAUUAAAGCGUUUGUCAUCAGUGUAGAAAGUUUUACUCAGAUUAGAUUCUUAAAUUUGCAUAAGCUUAUCUAUGCUGGAGUUAAACACUGUCAUUGUGCAUAGUGUUGACAUUCUUUUGCUAGGUUUUGUCAUCUAAAAGAAAAAUCCCAAUCUCACCAACUAUUAAACCGCUGAAAUAUGAGGAGUAUGGAAAGUCUUUUAUCCAUAACACAAACGUAUUAAGGAUCAGCAAACCCAUACUGUGUGUCCUUUUGGAGACGGUGAGAAGCACAGAGGAUCUGAACAAAUCUGCUGAAUGCUAGGUCAAACUUCGAAAGCUUGAGAUCAGGCUUCACAGAAUUCAGCUUUAAUAAUUGUCAUCAGAGGCAAGAAAGAAUACAUGUGUGUAAAUGAGAGGGAGACAGGUGUAACAGUGGUCAAAGGACACUUGGCAAAGGAUGAUGAAGAUGGAGCUACCAGGCAGAAUGAAAAGGUCUUGCGACUUUUACCUUUGCCAUAAAAAAUGUUUUAGUAGGAUGUACAUAUUGAUUGUAACAGUACUUAAAUCUGUAAGUAUUCUAACAUGAAUUGCUUGCAGUGAAGGAUAGGAGGGUUAACAAUUAGAAAAAGUGCUGUAGCUUUAUUCUUGCUGUAGUAUGUAGUUUCUCCAUGUGGUGGAACAUGUCCUUUUGUCUGUGAAGGUUCUCAGUCAUCCAGGUCAUCAUAGUCAAAGGAGCUUGCAAAGAAAAGCGUCUG